AUGACGAAGAAAUCAAUGUUGAAUGCUUUCAUACCUGAGGAAGUCUUGAUCGAAAUCCUUGCUAGACUAGCUGUGAAAUCUCUGCUUCGAUUCAGGCCAAUCUGCAAAUGUUGGUACUACUUAAUCACCAACCCAAGUUUCAUCACCACACACCUUAAUCGAACUAAAUCAAACCACAGUCACAAACUACUCAUCAAGUUCAACUAUGAGAAUCGAGAUCGUUGCUUCUCAUUUACUAAUGAUGAGACGUCUGGCAAUGAGUUUGUGAAACUUGAAUACCCAUUUCAAAACUACGACGAAUUGUUCAAGAUUGUUGGUUCAUGUAAUGGCUUGUUGUGCUUAUCAGAUUAUAAUGGCUCAGACUAUGCUGUUCUAUAG